GAGCUUGAAAAAACGCUAGUCCCGGAUCCGCUGUCGCUUGCUUGUGUCUGCGGUAGCCCGCAUGAUCGUGUGAUAAGGGGGGAAAUUAGCGCGCAGGGUCCCAGUUGAGGAAGUGAGAUGAUAACAUAGCGGAGCCUCGACUAAAACAUUUGCCCGUGUUCCUCGUUCACCGGACUGCGAUGCCGCCACAGCGAGUAUUCGCCCUGCCGAGGCAACAGUCUCUGCUCCUGCCUGCGGUCAUCAACCCGUUUGUUCAAGACACCAAACUAACCAAAGCGGCUAUAAUAAAAUGUGUCCUGCUGGGAAUCUUCCUGGUCCCCGUUCGCGCCAUCCUUCUGUCCCUGGUUCUCAUGGUGACAUGGCCAGUGGCUGUCAUAAUAACCUUCAAGCAUCCUCUGAAAGGAGCUGUGGAACCAAUGACCGGCUGGAGACGGUUCAUGUGUCGGUGCGUGAUGGCUGCCUUGGGGAGGGCCUAUUACUUCUGCAUGGGCUUCAGAGUGGUGGUCAAGGGCAAGCAGGUCAGCAGCAGUGAGGCCCCCAUCCUAGCUGUGGCCCCCCACUCCACCUUUUUUGAUGGGAUUGUGUGCAUUGUUGCAGGCUUGCCCUCCACCGUCUCCCGUGUUGAGAACCUGGCUACACCCAUUUUUGGCAGAUUUGUGCGUUGCCUUCAGCCAGUGCUUGUGUCAAGAAAGGACCCAGACUCCAGGAAGAAUACAAUCCAAGAGAUUGACAGCAGAGCAAAGUCAGGAGGCCACUGGCCACAGGUUCUGAUAUUUCCAGAGGGAACAUGUACAAAUCGUUCAUGUCUUAUCACUUUCAAACAAGGUGCCUUUAUCCCAGGGGUACCUGUGCAGCCUGUGCUUAUGAGAUAUCCCAACAAACUGGAUACAGUGUCUUGGACUUGGCAGGGUUUCAGCUCGAGGACGCUGCUGCUUCUAACUCUGUGCCAGCUGUACACCACAGUAGAGAUAGAGUUCCUGCCACCGCAUAUCCCCACAGAGCAGGAGAAGAAAAGCCCAGCCCUGUUUGCUAGCAGAGUGCGAGAAACUAUGGCCCAGGCCUUGGGAGUUCCAGUGACAGACCACACAUAUGAAGACUGCCGCCUGAUGAUCUCAGCUGGCGAGCUCACGUUGCCCAUGGAGGCUGGCCUGGUUGAGUUCACCAAAAUUAGCCGUAAACUCAAUCUGAAAUGGGACAAUGUGAGGAAGGAGCUGGAGGGCUUCGCAGCCAUGGCGAGCUCGUGUAAAGGAGGACGGAUCACCAUCAAGGAGUUCUCCACAUUCCUGAAGCUACCUGUCAACCCAGCCCUUGAGGAGCUGUUUGCACUGUUUGACAGAAACGGAGAUGGCACCAUAGACUUCAGAGAGUAUGUUAUCGGUGUGACCAUUUUGUGUCGACCAGCUAACACUGAAGAAGUUCUUCGAAUGGCAUUCAAGCUGUUUGAUACAGAUGAGGAUGAGAGAAUCACACGAGAGGAGUUUACUUCUCUGCUGCGCUCAGCUCUGGGUGUGUCAGAUCUAAACAUGGUCAAGCUCUUCAAGGAGAUUGAUGCUGACAGCUCUGGUUUCAUCACCUUCAGUGAAUUUCAAGCCUUUGCCACGACCCACCCGGAGUACGCAAAGCUCUUCACCACAUACCUGGAGCUUCAGAGAUACCAAGCUAUCCAGCAGGCGACGCCAGGUGAUCUGGAAUUGGCCUGUCAGACCAGUUCAGGGGAAAAGCAGGAAGAUGGCACCUCUGACAAAAAAGAUGACUAAGGAUGACCGUGAACUCUCCUUUGACUGCACUGAGACAUAACACUGUAUCCACUGCACUGCUGUCAUCUGCCCUCCGACAUUUAGCAAAUUCAAGUCAUUUGCCACAGCAGAGCCAUAUUAUAGGUCCUGUGCUUGCCUUUGUAUACAUGGCUUUUAGAGUGCUUCUAUUUUCAAUUUUAGUGCCUUAUAGAGAUUUUGAGGAACAACUUCCCCAUGCCACUGCACAAGAAAUGUCUUAUUGCAGACUUUUGUCAUCCCUAAAGUUGUAUGUGUGUGUGUGUUUUGGUGUCCACCAGAAAAAAACCCCUGAAAAGCUAGUCAUAAGAUGAAAAUAUGUCAGAAAACACAUGUGAGCAACAAACCCUGCAAUGUUUAGAGUUGUAAUGUUUAUGUUUUAUGAUAUACUUGAGAAUUUUUCCCCAGAUCAUCAUAAAUUGCCUCACCAUGUUGCUUGGACUUAGAUGAACGUAGCUUUGUGUACCUUCCCCUUUGUCUUUGUGGUCCUCUGUAAAUGAGUGAAAAAAUUGCCAAACCAACACCUUUUUUAAAUAUAAGCAAAGAGUUCUUGUGCAUCUGUGUUGCAAGUAUAAUUAGUGUACAGUAAGCUUUAUUAAGAUCUUUUCAAUCUGGCAACCCACAGAUGCGCUGUAUUAAAUAUAUGUCUACGAAGAGCAUACAUGCUGUGCAAUACACUUUUUUCCAGCGCUCAGGGACACAGACCUUGUAAGACUGAUGUAUAAUUAGCCAGAGGUUUGCUUUGCAUGUGUAUCUAUUUGCAUUUCUACUGAAGAUUGUUGUUGCUGAGACAGCAGCAAGUCUACGCAGCUUUAAGUUUACUAAAGCAAAUCAACCACUGAAAAUAGGGCAAUUUGUGAGCAAAAAGGCAACAGUGCUUCUUCACAACAGCAUAUCCCAGCGGGGUAUGCAUUCAGAUUAACUAGCGCCACUGUUUGAUUUAUUUGGCAGGGUGCAUUGCAAUUAUGUGAUUUUUUUUUCUGUUUGCUUUUGAAAAUAAAACUAGAAUAAAAUUUUAA